GUAAAUUUAUCUCAUCAGAUACCAGGAGACGACAUUAGCAAAAAGGGAAAAACAAUUUGCAUUCCUAAAAAUCACAGAACCUCUCCAUUUGGUUCACUAUAUAAGACCGGGACCAGUUUCGAAGGCUACAGUAGUACAUCGGGAGACUCACCAAGUAACACUUAGAUACAGCAACAUCACACUUAGUGACAAACAUGAAAAUAGCAUUAGUCCUAUGGACCAUAGCAUUGCUAUGCUCCACCAUUUAUGCCGAAGAGUGGACGUAUGCAAAGAGGGAUGUUGAAGCAGUAGAACAGUAUGUCGACAAGCCAGACUACAGACCGAGACCCAGGCCUCCAAAUAUGCUGGUAAAGAGAGACGUUGAAGCAGUAGAGCAGUAUGUCGACAAGCCAGAUUACAGACCUAGACCAAGGCCUCCAAAGAUGCUGGUAAAGAGAGACAUUGAAGCAGUAGAGCAGUAUGUCGACAAGCCAGAUUACAGACCAAGACCCAGGCCUCCAAAAAUGCUGGUAAAGAGAGACGUUGAAGCAGUAGAGCAGUAUGUCGACAAGCCAGAUUACAGACCUAGACCCAGGCCUCCAAAGAUGCUGGUAAAGAGAGACGUUGAAGCAGUAGAGCAGUAUGUCGACAAGCCAGAUUACAGACCAAGACCCAGGCCUCCAAAGAUGCUGGUAAAGAGAGACAUUGAAGCAGUAGAGCAGUAUGUCGACAAGCCAGAUUACAGACCAAGACCCAGGCCUCCAAAGAUGCUGGUAAAGAGAGACAUUGAAGCAGUAGAGCAGUAUGUCGACAAGCCAGAUUACAGACCAAGACCCAGACCUCCAAAGAUAAUGGUAAAGAGAGACAUUGAAGCAGUAGAGCAAUAUGUCGACAAGCCAGAUUACAGACCAAGACCCAGGCCUCCAAAGAUGCUGGUAAAGAGAGACAUUGAAGCAGUAGAGCAGUAUGUCGACAAGCCAGAUUACAGACCAAGACCCAGACCUCCAAAGAUAAUGGUAAAGAGAGACAUUGAAGCAGUAGAGCAAUAUGUCGACAAGCCAGAUUACAGACCAAGACCCAGGCCUCCAAAGAUGCUGGUAAAGAGAGACAUUGAAGCAGUAGAGCAGUAUGUCGACAAGCCAGAUUACAGACCAAGACCCAGACCUCCAAAGAUAAUGGUAAAGAGAGACAUUGAAGCAGUAGAGCAAUAUGUCGACAAGCCAGAUUACAGACCAAGACCCAGGCCUCCAAAGAUGCUGGUAAAGAGAGACAUUGAAGCAGUAGAGCAGUAUGUCGACAAGCCAGAUUACAGACCAAGACCCAGACCUCCAAAGAUAAUGGUAAAGAGAGACAUUGAAGCAGUAGAGCAAUAUGUCGACAAGCCAGAUUACAGACCAAGACCCAGGCCUCCAAAGAUGCUGGUAAAGAGAGACAUUGAAGCAGUAGAGCAGUAUGUCGACAAGCCAGAUUACAGACCUAGACCAAGGCCUCCAAAGAUGCUGGUAAAGAGAGAUGUUGAAGCAGUAGAGCAGUAUGUCGACAAGCCAGAUUACAGACCAAGACCCAGGCCUCCAAAAAUGCUGGUAAAGAGAGACGUUGAAGCAGUAGAGCAGUAUGUCGACAAGCCAGAUUACAGACCUAGACCCAGGCCUCCAAAGAUGCUGGUAAAGAGAGACGUUGAAGCAGUAGAGCAGUAUGUCGACAAGCCAGAUUACAGACCAAGACCCAGGCCUCCAAAAAUGCUGGUAAAGAGAGACGUUGAAGCAGUAGAGCAGUAUGUCGACAAGCCAGAUUACAGACCUAGACCCAGGCCUCCAAAAAUGCUGGUAAAGAGAGACGUUGAAGCAGUAGAGCAGUAUGUCGACAAGCCAGAUUACAGACCAAGACCCAGGCCUCCAAAAAUGCUGGUAAAGAGAGACGUUGAAGCAGUAGAGCAGUAUGUCGACAAGCCAGAUUACAAACCGAGACCAAUGCCUAGACCUCCACGCAUUAAUGGCUAAGACUAAGAAGCGGAUUAGAAUGGUGCUUAAUACGCGUGGGUCAUCGAGCUCAAUUAUAAUAAUUUAAUUAUGAGCCGAAUAUUGUUAAUUUACUGAUAUUAACUUGUUAUUAAUACAUUGCAUCGAGGACCGACUACUGAAACCUGAAAGUCUUUAAGAGUUUUUAUUUAAUAUUAUAUAAUUGUAUAUUAGAAAAGUUAUGCAUUUAAAUUAUAGUGAAAAUAUUUUUUGUUGAAUUAAACUUUUGAAAUAUGUAUGUACUUAUGUAGUAUUUAAUAAAUACUAAGGAUUGGAAUAAAUAAAAUUAAGAAUUUGUAAAUAUUUCAUU